GGGCGAGUGCUGGUGUGGACGGGAAGCUCCCGGCCCGGCGGACUAACUGGAGCACGGACGCUGCAGCCGGUUGGGCCGGUGCCCUUUCCCGCUCUGGAAAGGAAGAAAAAUGGAAGUGAAAAAGUUGAGCAUUUCCUGGCAAUUCUUGAUAGUUCUGGUUGUGAUCCUGCAAAUUCUGUCUGCGUUGGAUUUUGACCCAUACAGAGUCCUAGGGGUCAGCCGAACAGCCAGUCAGGCUGACAUUAAAAAGGCUUACAAGAAGCUCGCCCGGGAAUGGCAUCCUGAUAAAAACAAAGAUCCUGGGGCAGAAGAUAAGUUCAUUCAAAUCAGCAAGGCUUAUGAGAUUCUCUCCAAUGAAGAAAAGAGGACAAACUAUGACCACUAUGGCGAUGCUGGAGAGAACCAGGGCUACCAGAAGCAGCAGCAGCGCGAGUAUCGCUUCCGCCAUUUCCAUGAAAACUUCUAUUUUGAUGAGUCUUUUUUCCACUUCCCCUUCAAUGCUGAGCGGCGGGACUCCAUUGAUGAGAAGCAUUUACUGCACUUCUCCUACUAUGUGAAUGAAGUGGUUCCCGAUAGCUUCAGGAAACCCUACCUCAUCAAGAUCACCUCAGACUGGUGCUUCAGCUGCAUCCACAUCGAGCCUGUCUGGAAAGAAGCUGUUCAGGAACUGGAAGGAUUGGGUGUGGGGAUUGGUGUCGUCCAUGCUGGGUAUGAGAGGCGCCUGGCCCAUCACCUGGGGGCACACAGCACACCCUCCAUCCUGGGAAUCAUUAAUGGGAAGAUCUCCUUCUUCCACAAUGCGGUUGUCCGGGAGAACCUACGGCAGUUUGUGGAAAGUCUUCUUCCAGGGAACUUGGUGGAGAAAGUUACAAAUAAAAAUUACAUCAGAUUCCUUUCUGGCUGGCAGCAAGAGAAUAAACCUCACGUCCUUCUGUUUGACCAGGGGCCCAUGGUGCCACUGCUAUACAAGCUGACUGCUUUUGCAUACAAAGACUAUUUAUCAUUUGGAUACGUUUAUGUGGGUUUACGAGGGGCUGAAGAGAUGACAAGGCAGUACAACAUCAACGUCUACGCCCCCACCAUCCUGAUCUUCAAAGAGCACAUCAACAAGCCUGCCGACAUGAUUCAGGCUCGAGGGCUGAAGAAGCAGGUCAUUGAUGAUUUCAUCACCCAAAACAAGUAUCUGUUGGCAGCCAGACUCACCAGCCAGAAGCUGUUCCAUGAGCUCUGCCCCGUGAAACGGUCUCACCGACAGAGGAAGUACUGUGUGGUCUUACUGACUGCUGAGGCUUCCAAGCUGAGCAAACCCUUUGAGGCCUUCCUGUCCUUUGCCCUGGCAAACACACAAGACACUGUGAGGUUUGUGCACGUCUACAGUGGCCGACAGCAGGAGUUCACCAGCACCUUGCUACCGGACAGCGAAGCACUUCAGGGACAGUCAGCGGUAUCUAUCUUGGAAAGACGCAAUACAGCAGGAAGAGUGGUGUAUAAAACCCUGGAAGAUCCAUGGACUGGGAGUGAGAGUGACAAAUUUGUCCUUUUGGGUUAUCUUGACCAGCUUCGGAAAGAUCCAGCUCUUCUGUCCUCUGAGGCUGUGCUUCCUGAUCUGAUUGAUGAACUUGCCCCUGUUUUUUUCCUCCGGUGGCUCUAUUCUGCUUCUGACUACCUCGCAGACAUCUGGGAUGGCAUGUUUCACAGUAAUUGGCGGGAGAUGACGCCCCUGCUCUCCCUCAUCUUCUCAGCCCUCUUCAUCCUCUUUGGCACUGUCAUCGUCCAGGCCUUCAGUGACUCGAAUGAGGAGCGAGAGUCACACCCUCCAGAUAAAGAGGAAGUUCCUGAGAAGGCUGGGAAGAUGGAGCCAAGCUUCACCAAAGCAAACAGCAGCAAAGUUCCUAAAAAAGGCUUUGUGGAGGUAACUGAACUCACAGAUGUGACAUACACCAGCAACUUGGUACGCCUGAGACCAGGCCACAUGAAUGUGGUCCUCAUCCUGUCCAGCUGCACCAAGACCAGCCUGCUGCAGAGAUUUGCUUUAGAGGUCUACUCAUUCACUGGGAGCAGCUGCCUACACUUCUCCUUCCUGAGUGUGGACAAACACAGAGAGUGGCUGGAAUAUUUACUAGAAUUUGCUCAAGAUGCAGCCCCAGUCCCAAACCAGUACGAUAAGCAUUUCAUGGAACGGGACUACACUGGUUAUGUACUGGCUCUGAAUGGCCAUAAGAAAUACUUCUGCCUUUUCAAGCCCCAAAAAAUAGUGGAAGAGGAGGAGGCCAUGGGGUCAUGCGGUGACCUGGACUCUUCCCUGCACCUGGGCGAGUCUCGGGGGAAGUCUUCCUGUAGCCUUGGAUCCAAGCCCAUCAAGGAAAAGUUGAGCAAGUUGUCCUUGUGGAUGGAGCGCCUUUUGGAAGGCUCCUUACAGAGGUUCUACAUCCCAUCAUGGCCUGAGCUAGACUGAGUCAGUUUCAAAGAGAGAUGUGAACUCUUCAGGUUUUUAACAUGCCCCAGAAACAGGGAUUUUUCAGUACUCAAACUAUCACACCAAACAGAGUGUAGAUUUUAGAUCAUUCUUCUAGAACAAUGCCUAGAAGAUUUUUCCCUUUAUCCUGUUCUUACCUAGGAGUGAAACAUACCACAGGUUUGAAUUCCCUAGAUCAAAAUAUUUUCCUUUGGGUUUUCUCAUCCUCAUUUGAAUGCUGCAUAUUUAAAAUAGACUGUCAUCCCUCUUCUUUGCUGUCCCUGUCACGUGCUCACACCACCUUCCCUGUCCUGUAUGUUGGAGAAAUCUUAGGGCUUGACACUGAGUGGUACCUGGAUGGAACCUCAUGACCAUCAUGCAGAUCCGUUCGUUCACCUGUUGCCCUGCACUCCCGCCCUCGGGCCCGGCCCCACCCCUGAUGUGCUCCUGCCAAGGCACAUGCUUUCGACACAGAACGGCCCACCAAGCCUCUAGGCCUGCAUCUUGAAAAAGACCAAGCAAUCUUACCUGCGAUGGUUGUUCUGGGAGCAAGCAGUGAGAAGUAUAUUUUGGGGGUAUCCUUCACAAUAGUUUGCCAGCCAUGGAUUUGAAAGAAAAGGAGCAAGAGGGGGCACUCUAUAGAUGAGUUUGGGGUUCCUCCCAUGCGGGGAAGGGAGGGCUGGGCAGCUUCUGUAGUGCUGCAGCUCUGGGAUGUUUUGCAGCCUCCUCCUGCUGCCCACACACCACUGUGGCUGGGGGACAGGCCUGCCCGCAAGAAGCACUGUAACGACCUUGAGCCGUUGACCUGUAUGUUUGCAGAUGCCUUUGUGCCUCUGUCAAUUUUAGGAUAUGGAUAUUAGGAGCCAUAACUUGUGAUCUUGUUCUCUGAACGUAGAUAAGCUGCUAUAAAGCCAGUAGAUGUUAAACUGAAGACAGAUUAUCCUGCCUGCCAUGAGCCAGGUGGAGGAACCUCUUCACUCCCUUGGUGUCUCUAGUAAAAUGCCGGAUGUGUCUUUGUAUCAAGGAACAUGAGCUCUCUUAACAAUUGCAUUUUGAACAUUGUUACUCCAAAAGUGCUGUAUCCUUAAGUCAUCUUUUGUAACAAGCUGAGACUUGUUCUAGACUCCCAUUUUGCACAUGGCUCAUUUUCCACUUCUGGCCUGUGUGUGUCUCAGCUUUGUCUGUUCCCUCCUCCCUUAGCACUGCUUCUCUGGUGUCAGGGUUAGACCAAUCAUCAGCUUCCAGCCCACUGUGCUCCAUGUACCAUGGGCUCUGGGCCGGUCUUACCAGCUCGUUAGAGGGCAUACCUUUUGUUUUUAGGGCCAAACCACCAGUGGAGUUUGGACAACUUCCAAGAGUGGUCUUGUUUUACUGUCAAAGCAAAUGCCUUUUGCGAAGUGAAGGGCAAAAAUCAGGGAUGGGACAUUUACUAAGUUAGUAUUUCUCUAAUCAUAAUUGCUUUCAGGCAAGCCACUGGAUCCUAGUAAUUUAAACAUUGCGCUACAGUGGUAAGUGAUAGAUUAUCUGAACCCAGGAAUUCCUGUAGUUUUCAUAGAGUCUUUAGCUUUAAUUAAAAAAUAAAUAAAUCACUGCCAGGCUCCAUUCUUCCAUCCAGGCCUCUGGAAAUGGGCGCUGGCUAGAUGCUACAUCUCAUGUCACCUGGCCAGGUGGAAACAGUGAAGGAAUUGACUCCUUGGUCCCCCAGUCCUCAAAAUUGUUUUCUGAAGUCUACAGCUUAGUGAUAGAGCAUUUGUCUAGCAUGUACAAGGUCCUGGGUUCCAUCUCCCAACACCACAAAAAAAAAAAAAAAAUUCUGGAUUUUUUAGUGGCCAGGUUACUCUUAGGAGUAGUAUUUUGGUUCAGACAAUAGGUUUUUAUUUUUAAUCUGUUACUAAUGACUUUCCUGAUUUUUCAUGUCUGAAAACCAAAAACUACCCAGGUAUGUUCUUUGUUUUCUAUUUAUUUAUUUUUUUCAAUUUGUAUCAGAAAGACAAAACGCACCUUCAGACUACUGAACCCUCCAUUUGCACUAGGAGAGGAAGUGGUAAUGGAGUUGUCAAUAUUCCUGGCAAGUGUUUCAGUCCAAAAACUGCAAAACUGGGGACUGUGGACUGGUAGACAUGUCCCCACAGAGGACCCUAGGGAACCUUUUUUAAGUGGGGGCGUUUUUAGUCAGGGUCUGGCUAUAUAGUUGAUCCUCCUGCCCGGUCUUCCAAGUGCUGGGAUUACAGGAGGGACCACCGCUUCACCUUUGGCAGAUGUAGGCCUUUCCUUCUGAGACUCGUGUCCAUGAAUUUCUUCCCUUUUGUGUCAAACAUACAAGCCAUUGUGUGCUCAGCCACACCACCAUUUCUCAUUCUGAUGUAUGUAAUCAAUCACACAGGUCCCAAUUUCAGUUUCUAACUCCCUAGUCUUCAAAUACUGAUUUGAAGAAGUGGGUGUUGCUGGGUGCCAGUGGCUCAUGCCUGUAAUCCUAGCUACUUGGGAGGCUCCCACCUCUAAAAUAACCAGAGCAGAUGGACUGGCAGUGUGCUCAAGUGGUAGCACGCCUGCUUUGCAAGUGUGAAGCCCUGAGUUCAAACACCAAUCCCACCAAAAAAGUAGUUGUUUCUGCUAGAUUAAGACUAUGCACCAUAUUUAAUAGAGUAAAAAGUAACCUAAAGCAAGUCUUUGUAGAAUACAUACCCGUGUCAAAAAAACCUUUUAUUGCUCACUCAGGUAUUGGUUGCAGUUUGUGUAACCCAGAGAUUGUCAGCCCCACUGAGCAACAUUUCAGUGAGCAGGACUGUCCUACCUUCUGGAAGUCUCCCUGGUCUCCCUGCUGGCACCCACUGCCCAGUAGAACUUGGUCACAGUUUUCAGAUGGCUUGGCCUCCUCAUUGUAGCCUCUCCGUACUGUAGCCUCUUAUUACCACCCUAACCAAUCUGCAGCUGCCUCAGUACCUAAGUGUUCCCCUGCUGUAAAAAGAAAUAGGAUCCGACUAGGCUUUAAGUGUUUUGCUUUGUUUGGAAAUAAGGAUUGCAAGUCAACCCUUUUUUUCAAAAUAGAAUUCUGGGCUGUGAGGCUCUGGGAUCCAUCCACAGCAUUGAAAAAUAAAGUAGAAUUCUGUAAAAGCUGAUGCAGGUGCUGGCCCUGUAGCACAAUGACAGCCUACUUGCCUAGCACACCCUUGGCCCUGGGUUUGAUCCUCAGCACUGGAAAAAAAAAACAAAAAACUGAUGCAGAACAUGUUUACAGAUGAACUGUUCACGUCCAAGUUCACAUCCAAAUAUCUGACAUCCCUUGAAAACAAGUGUAGAGUGGCAGCUGCUGAAUGUGUUCUGUUCCUUAGGAAAGAUGACUAUACUUGAGAGACAGAUCAGAAAAGAAGGUAAAUAUUUUGCACUUUUGAUACUCUUAGGAGUAACUUUAUUUGGCAAAUCGUGUCUUUUUUAUGUUUUAGGGGUUUUUUUUGUUUUGUUUUUUGUAUUGUGAACAAGCACUGAAGCUAAUGUUAUUUUAAG